AUAUUAUAGUUAUAUGGGUUGGGUAUAUGUAAAAUAGGCCAUGCAAAGUCAUCACGCAUCAAAUUUGGCACUCUGCCAAAAAAGUUAAAUAUAAUCACGUGACCCUCAUUAACGACGUGCAAUUACUGCCUUGAUGACCGCAUGUUCAAAUAACAGCCGCGGCUAAUGCAGCUAAAAAUGUCCUUAAAAUUACAUCACAAACGAUUAAUAAUCAUUGUUGCAUGUUUGAGCAAAAGAUCAAAGAAACCACAGUGCAAAUAAUAUAUGGCAUAUUGCACAGUGAAGACAGGCACAUCAAAGCUAACAAGUCACCGCAGUGCAAUAUACCAUAUAUUUGCACAGCUUGAACAAAAGUUGGAAUGAUCUUGUUCCUACAACUCACUUUUUUGUGGUAUCAAAAUAAGGAAUGCAGAAGGCAUGAAUCUCAUUAUAAGUAUACUUUUCCCACGCAACAAAUCAGUUAUUGCAUAUAAUCACUAGUGCAAUAUCUGGCAUAUUGCACUGUGGUCAUGCAAUAACUAAUACAUACAGUCUACACUAAGACUACAAAUUUGGCUUCAAAUGAUGUAAUUGUGGUUUUGCAUCAUAGAGUAAAUUUCCUUGUGGUUACAUAACAAUUCUGUUUGUGGCUUGUAAAUACUACAGUAAUUCUCCGUAAAUUUAAUUAUGGCUUCUGAUACGUCACUGUUUACUAUAAAGAAACAACUUUUUUAGUUUUUCCAGCAUACAUACCCAGGUCCUGAAGUGCAAGCCAGGUUCCAGAGUCACAGUACUAUAAUAGCUAUAGUAUAUUCAUGAACUGGCCACAGGAAAAUUAGGAUCCAGAACUGGGGAGUACUAAUUUGCCCAGAAAUCAAAGUCACCAAACAGGAUAUAUCCUAGCCAAUGUUAGAACACAAGACCUGCUAUAAAAAAAUUUUGGCAAAGCGGAUGCUGUUUAUUUCUUUGCAACUAGCUAUCUAGGCAGUUUCAAGAAACUCUGGACACUCAAGUGGCAAGUAGGCAAGAGCUAAACUUACUCAUCUUUGUCAAUGCUUACUUUGUUGUAUCUUAGUCAAACCUGGGUCAUUAGUGUUCUACUUGUAGUUACCAGUGUUGUCGAUAGUCUAGGCCUAUCUGUAUCUGUCCAGCACCCCCCAGUACUGAUUUCCCCAGAAAUCAAAGUCACAGAAAAUUUAUAUCACCAGUUUUCUUUCAUUCAAUAAUUAUUAUAACUAUUCAGUUCCUUCUUACCACUUUAUUUUUAUAUCAUUCAGUAGCUUAUUUAUUCAGCAUUAUUUCUAUAUCAUUGAAAAGUUAUCCUUGACAAAAGGAGUGUUACUGUUUUCGUUACUACCGUGAACUAUGAAUAUCAUUAACUCCCAUAAGGGGCCAUAUAAAUUGACAAAUGAACUGUAUAAUUAUGGCGCUCCAUUUGUUUCAUUAUUCAAUAGUGAAAAAUAUUGUCAAUGCCGAAAUAUGUUGACAAUGAUGUAAUGUGAUUGUCAAUAAUUGGGUUACCUAUUGUCAAUGAUUAUCCGAUUCAUUGUCAAUAACUAUCGUCAUGUUUGUCAAUAAUUGGGUGCCUAUUGUCAAUAAUUAUCCGAUUCAUUGUCAAUAAACUAUCGUGAUGUUGUCAAUAAUUGGGUUGCCUGUUGUCAAUGAUUAUCUGAUUCAUUGUCAAUAAUAUCGUCAUGUUUGUCAAUAAUUGUUGGAAUUAUUGUCAAUAAUUAUCAUCAUUAUUGUCAAUGAUUGCUCAAUUUUAUUGUCAAUGAUUAUCAUCAUUAUAUUGUCAAUGAUUGCUCAAUUUUAUUGUCAAUAAUUAUCAUCAUUUAUUGUCAAUGAUUGUUCAAAGUAUUGCCAAUAAUUAUUCACCCGUUUUUAUUCGAUGUCCCUGCUCCAUUCCGGAAUGGGUCACCAUAUUUUACUGCGCAUGCGCAUGAACUACCAAGAGCCACGUGGCAGGAGUUGACUCACUGUACACGUACACAAAAAGACCAGAGAUUAAAGACUUACUGCAAUUAACUCACGACCUCCCCAGAACACGUACUGCAGGAAGCUUUAGCAAGGGUCUUGAAGUCGAAUGGCAGCCAACGAGCAGGAAGCUCAGGUAAAAUAACUCUGAUAUAUAUAAAUUAAAUUGUACUAUGGUUGCACCAAAGAUCAAAGGCUUCAGUUGUAGUUUAUACUACUUAUACAACCUGUCUGACCACAGCCAUGGUAUAUGGCUGUUAUACCCUAGUGUAUAACAGCCAUAUACCAUGGCUUGUGGUCAAACUACAUGUACAGCUAGAACUGAAUACAGUAUCCCACCUUUGCAACAAAAUUGACACACUGUUUCAAUUAAAACAAUGACACACUACUCAAUUCAAUCAAUAUUAGCAAUAUUAGAGCUAUAUAGAGAGACUCCAAUACAAAACAGACUACUAAUGAUUUUAGUCAACAUAAAAAGAGCCAAGUUCGAGCGAUGAAUAGUUCCAAAAAGGAGGCAAAUUUGGAAGAACUCCGUGAACCGAACGAUACUGGUUUGUUUGUGUUGCUUUUUUUCAACUUUCAACAUUGGUUGUCACAACCUGCUUAUUACAUUGCUGCAUGGGACCAGGAGCAUGGGUCCAGACUGCCAAGUGUUUCUCAGACUAAAGAGACUGCACUGCACUGGGCCAGUACAGUAGGCUUGUGGAAUGAUAUUUUCGGGUACAUUUGCACUCUUUGUAGACAAGUAGCACCAGUGUACUUUCUUGAAGUGCCUUCUAUAAAGAUGCAGAAACACAGCCUUCACAAUUGCUUGCUUGAAUCAUAGACGCUUGCUUGAAUCAGCCAUCGCUUUUUAAAAAGAUAGCAAAUUCAUUGCAUAGCUAUAGCAACAGUGACGUCAAACAGUAGUUAUAAGCAUAUUCAUUGAAGAAGCAUGACAGGAAGUAGCUAAACAUAGUAGUACAGUUCUAAACAUAGUACAAGCCAGUUAAACUAUGGCCUCUCGUGGUGUAUUUGCUUUACACGCUCGAGUAAUCAGAUAAACCAACUCGGCUGCGCCUCGUGGUUUAUCAGAUUACUCUCGCGUGUAAAUCAAAUAUACCACUCGAGGCCAUUGUUUAACUAUAACAUAUAGACAAUGGAUAAGCCUCUAUUUGAAGAAACAGAGACGGCCUUCCAGGCAGUAGAUCUAGGCUCCACAGUGCAAGUGGGGCAGCCUCCUCGCUAUGGAGUGGUCAAGUAGUUGGGAAUGUUCCCAAGAGGCAGUGCCUGCGUGCCUGAGCCAUGCGCCAAUGGCCGGCUGGUAUUGAGCUGGAUGGGUACUGGCCUAAGGAUUGUGGGGACGGAUCAUUUGAGGGACAUAGCUACUUUACUUGUGAGCAUGGCCAUGGAUGGAUACUUCCACCCUCUCAAGAAUGUCCAACCAAAUCAGAGCCUGGCCAAUGACCCUGUACCUGCCAUCAUCUGGGGCAACAGCAUGCCAGCCGAGAAUCCACUACAGGACCCCCUGGAGGAACUGGAGGAACAAUCCACAACACCCCCUGCACAGGUCUAUGUGGGGGAGAAGAGAGGGAUCCAGGGUCACUAUAACUCCUCCUACAUCGACUCUACCAUCUUUGGUCUGUUUGCCCUCAGUGAUGUCUUCAACACAAUGUUCCUGGCACCAGACAAAGAUGCUCCGGCCAGCAGACAAGAGUUUAAGGACCUCCUCGCCAAAAAAAUAAUCAAUCCUCUCAGAAAGAAUGGAGUAGUGAGGUUUGAGUCAGUGAUGGAGCUGACGAGAAUGAUUGAGGACCUGAAGAGACAGCAACAGCCUUCAAUUCAGUCAGGAGGUGAUCUCCAUAGCAGAAGAGAUUGGAGCAGUAAGUGUCUGUUUGGAGAUAGCUAGCAACCUGCCCAGAAAUGUGGAAAUAAGAUUAGUCUCACAAGAUGGAAAUGCCACUGAGCCGAGGGACUACACUGCUGUCUACACCACGGUCACGUUCCUCAGUGGAACUGCUCGUGAUGGUCCAGGAUCUCACAUGUGCUUAGACAUUAAGCUAUCUGAUGAUAGUAUAGUUGAGAUGGAUGAGGUGUUCCUGUUGACAGCACACUCUCUUGCUCCUAAUGUCAACAUCAUCAAUACUGCCACUGUUAUUAUCGUCAAUAGUGAUGACUCUGCCACUAUUAUCAUGGUCCAUAAUAAUAGUUAUAUCCUAACUGUUCGUUUAUAGUUGAAAGUGGACUCUACAUGCAACUAUACACUUCAUCUGUACGAGGGCCCACAACUGACGAUGGUAGUGUAGAAGUUGAGUUACAGAAUGGCUUCAGGUUCCUGGAACAACAGUAUACUUACGUCAUAGUGGGCAGCAAUGGACAUGUAACACUAAACGGAUCCGCUACGUUUAUUACUAACGUAGAAUCGCUCCCUUUUUCUUCAUCUCCAUUUCUAGAGCCCCCUUCUUGUCAGAUAUCAAUCCAUCUAGGGGAGGACUAGUAUUCUACAGAGAGACCCAAGACGAUCUGCUCUUCACACGAGCUACCAAUGAAGUGAGGACUGCCUUCCCUAACCACCCCACCUUCACUCCUGUGUCCUUGUUCAUUGCAACUUGGCUUCAAUUAAGUUCCACCCGUAUCUGGCGAUGGGACGAAUACUUUCCAAAUCAUUAUGGCAACAGAUGGUCAAGCUUCAUUUGUCACCUUUAUAUACGAUGACACACAAUGGACAGACGAUGGUCAGGAUGGUUUUGCUCCACUGGCUGGAAUCAAUGGUAGUGAUAAUUAUGGUUCGCUCUGUGGCUCUACCUGGGUCUUCGUCAAAUGAUAUCAGGAACCUCACAACCACUAGCAACGUGGAGGUGCCUGGUUUGUGGAUUUACAGGGUGGAUUCUUCAGACAUCAUUGCUCCUGCAUGGAAGAACUCGCUAGCCACCAUGUGAUGUGAGCUCCCCCCAUAUACAUGUCUGAGUUUGCAUGUGCUUAUUAUUAUUCUUGAAUGUCUUUUAUAAUAGGUUCAAGCUAGCUAGAGGCAAUUAACUUCUGUAGUAACUCAUCUAUAUUAACAUAGUAGUGACAGAUUUUUCUGUGUACAAGUAACAUCAUAGUGUUGUGUUUUGUUUGCCCACGAGGCUUUAUUAAUGUCAUUACACAACAUGAAAUUAAACUG